AGCGCGGCGGCGUUCUGCGCGUGCUCCGCAGAGGGACGCGAGAAGGUUGGGUCCAGCUCGCGGAGGAGAUGCGUGAUUGGCUGAAGCCGUGCUGGGGGGUUCCCCAGCCCUUUCGGCAGGGGUAAAACAAUAAGAGGGGGAGGCGGCAAAGGGGGCGGGACGUCCGUGUUCCUUGUCGCUCGCCGCAGCGCCUGGUGCCCGGGAAGAGGUGGUUGUGAGGAGAACCAAUUCUCGGCUCUUCGGCUUCCUUGGCUUGAGAUUUGUCAGAGGGAGGGGGCGGCGAGUGAGAAGAACCCUCUGCAGCCGGUUCUCGGCGACUCUCCCGCUGACCUCCGCGCGACGUACCCGCCGCCGCUGUUGGUUGGAGUAUUUGACAUUGUGCAGCAAAGAAAUGGUUAUGGAGAAGCCCAGUCCGCUGCUUGUAGGGCGGGAGUUUGUGAGGCAAUAUUAUACUUUGCUGAAUAAAGCUCCAGAAUAUUUACACAGGUUUUAUGGCAGGAAUUCUUCAUAUGUUCAUGGUGGAGUAGAUGCUAGUGGAAAGCCCCAGGAGGCUGUCUAUGGCCAAAAUGAUAUACACCACAAAGUAUUAUCUCUGAACUUCAGCGAAUGUCAUACUAAAAUUCGUCAUGUGGAUGCUCAUGCAACCCUGAGUGAUGGAGUAGUGGUCCAGGUCAUGGGUUUGCUGUCUAACAGUGGACAACCAGAGAGGAAGUUUAUGCAGACCUUUGUUCUGGCUCCUGAAGGAUCUGUUCCAAAUAAGUUUUAUGUUCACAAUGAUAUGUUUCGUUAUGAAGAUGAAGUAUUUGGUGAUUCUGAACCAGAACUUGAUGAAGAAUCAGAAGAUGAAGUAGAGGAAGAACAAGAGGAAAGACAACCAUCUCCAGAACCUGUGCAGGAGAAUGCUAACAGUGCUUACUAUGAAGCUCACCCUGUGACUAAUGGCAUAGAGGAGCCUUUAGAAGAAUCCUCGCAUGAACCUGAACCUGAGCCAGAAUCUGAAACAAAGACUGAAGAGCUGAAACCGCCAGUGGAGGAGAAGAACUUGGAAGAGUUAGAGGAGAAGUCUGCUUCUCCUCCGCCUGCUGAACCUGUUUCUCUGCCACAGGAACCACCAAAGGCUUUCUCCUGGGCUUCAGUGACCAGUAAAAACCUGCCUCCUAGUGGCACUGUUUCUUCCUCUGGAAUUCCACCCCAUGUUAAAGCACCAGUCUCACAGCCGAGAGUGGAAGCGAAACCAGAAGUUCAGUCUCAGCCACCUCGUGUGCGUGAACAACGACCUAGAGAACGACCUGGUUUCCCUCCUAGAGGACCAAGACCAGGCAGAGGAGAUAUUGAACAGAAUGAAUCUGACAACCGUAGAAUAAUUCGCUAUCCAGAUAGUCAUCAACUCUUUGUUGGUAACUUGCCACAUGAUAUUGAUGAAAAUGAACUAAAAGAGUUCUUCAUGAGUUUUGGAAAUGUUGUGGAACUUCGCAUCAAUACCAAAGGUGUUGGGGGAAAGCUUCCAAAUUUUGGUUUUGUGGUUUUUGAUGACUCCGAACCAGUUCAGAGAAUCUUAAUUGCAAAACCAAUUAUGUUUCGAGGGGAAGUACGUUUAAAUGUGGAAGAGAAAAAGACAAGAGCUGCCAGAGAGCGAGAAACUCGAGGUGGUGGUGAUGACCGCCGGGAUAUUAGGCGCAGUGAUCGAGGUCCCGGUGGUCCCCGGGGGAUCGUGGGCGGCGGAAUGAUGCGAGACCGGGAUGGAAGAGGACCCCCUCCGAGAGGCGGCAUGGCACAGAAGCUUGGCUCUGGGAGAGGAGCCGGGCAAAUGGAAGGCCGCUUCACAGGACAGCGUCGCUGAGGCGCCACUGUCGGCAGAGUCCUGACAGUGGUACAUUAUUCAUCGUGUUUGCAUUCUUAUUAAUUUUUUUUUGGCUUUGGAAUGUGACACAGCCUUUUUGAUCAUUUCUUUGAUGUGAAAAGCAUCUUUCGGUUAUCAGUUAAAUUGAGGUGGACAUUAUUUCCCCAAUUUUACAACAGGAUUCGCAUUGUUAAUUUAUCUAGACUUGGAGAAUUAAGGACUGAGAAAUGACCAUAUCUUAAACUAUCUACAACAAAAUGAACUUAAAAGGACAUGCCCAACUGAAUUCAGGUCCUUUGAGUCAAAAUAUCCUCUGCUGCACAUUUUGUUUAAGUGUUACUGUUUCUGCCUAUUAUUGUUGGAAACACAAAUAGUGCAAUUUGUGCAAUUGGAGAAUCUUGCCUUUUUUUCUUGGCUCCCCCCAAAAAUACAAACCAACAGAAAAACUUGUUAUGCACUCAUUAGAAUGUACUAAUGGGUACUCUGAACUCGUUAACCUUGACACCUGCAACAGGAGGCAAUAGGGGAAAAAAUCUUUCAUCUUUUUUUCCAGUAGAGCAUAGUUUGUGAAAUGAUGAGGGCAUUUUUACCUGCUUGCUGUGACCAGCGUGUGUACACAUAAACCUUAACAAGACUACAGGUAUAUUCCAGAAGGAAGUCAUUUAGUUAUGAACUAAAUAACAAAGAUCAGAACUUCAAAUGCUAUGGUCUUGAAUAUUAGACCAGAUUUAGUAGCUCCACAUCUAAGGUUUUUUUCUACCUGCCCCUCUUCAGUACAGGGAUGGCUGGCUGCUCGACACACUCCUCCUCCCCCUUUCCUUUCUUUAAGCUGUGUACAGUGAAAGUUGUCUUUACUGUAUUUCUGUUUUCUGGUAAUGUAAUACGCAUGAUGGUGCCUUCUAUUAAUACAUCAUUCCAGUCUUGCUGGUAAUUUUGUACAGUAUAGUGUAUAAAUUGCUGUGCUGCAAAGCCAAACAGCUGCAAAAUGUUGAGAAAUCAUUGAAGUAUAUAAAAAUUGCAGUAUCUUUAAAAUCAGUAAAAUUGACUAGUAUAUUAUUUACCUUGUUCUUCAGUUAACAACUUUGUGUUCUCUGUGGGAGGGAGUCUUGUGUGUUUGGGAGGGAGAGGGAAGGAGGAAGUCAGUUAUUUGAGUCAAAGUCUCUUGUUGACUUUUCUCUUAGCUUGAAGGUGAACGUUGAAGCGUAUCACUUGAGAGGUACUUGGAAAAGUCAGUCUACUUGAUGUACAUUUUUAGUGACCUUUUAAAAGCAGUCAGAUUCCAUAAAUGGCACGUAAACCUGAAGUGAGGAUACUGCAAUUUUCAGAGAAAAGAACAGCAGCUCUUAAGUGUUUGCAUUUUCUAUUUGGGGGGGCAGGGAACUGUCAUUCAUUUUGCACAAUUCUUGACCUGAUGUCAGCACCCGAGUGGCUCUGAAUUUAAGUCUGGGAUGACAUCUUUUAUUUUUACAUGAAUCUCUAAACAAUUCUGUGAGCAAAGUUUGUAGCUGCUGGAUUAUUGUCUGUCUUUAUAGCAAGUUCCGGUAAACCACAAAUAUGACAAAAGGAUAUCCGAUUUUAUGCCUGGAGUAUUUGGUACCUACCAGUUUCUGAUGUUUCAGGCCAGGAGUGGGGUAAAUAAGUGUGACCACUUAAAGCUGCUUGUAGCAUGGAAGACUUCUCCAUUCUGUCUUAGUAAAAACAAACAAAAAAUGCACUUGACAUAAUAGCAAACUUUCUUAAUUAUGAAACUGUUUGCUAUUUAGUAAACUAGCAAAUGAUGCACAUAUUUUGUUUUUCAUGUACUGGGCAAUGUAAGUAAAAUUAAGCCUAUUCCCCCUCCCACCCCCACCCCCACCCCUUGAAUGAGGUCUUCCAUGUUCGAGGAAAAGUCUUGCACUAUUGGAUGUAUUUUGGGGACGCAGAUUUCUCAGUUUCCAUUUUGGGGGGUUUAAGGAUUUUUUUUCCUGUUUGAAAUACAUUUAUGCUUUCUAAUGUAUAGUACUUGAAGUUCUUACAAGAAAAUUACUUUUGAGUUUUGAAGCUUUUAUUCAAACUGCUUUUAAAUAAGUGGUUUCUUGUCAGUGUUUUUUUUUUUUAUAGCAUAUUGUUCCUCUUUCAUUUCUUUCUCCUUCUCCUUUAUUUGAUAUAUAUAUAUAUAUAUAUAUAUAUAUAAAAUUUUGAAUCCAAGAUAUUGCCCUUCCACCCAUGAAAACUGUUCUGGCACCAAAAGUAAUGAUAAAUGUUAAGUGUAAUAGAAAAUUAAAGCAAAGAGCCAUUCAGCUUCAGUCUUUACAUACCAUGAAUAAAACAUUAAAACAUCACAUGGAGAAGUUUACAUGGUGAUUAUUCACCUGCAGUACUGUGGACUUUUAACAUUUUGUCCCCUUUUCAGUGAACCAGAGUAAAAACAUUCAUCUACCAUAAUUGUUAUUUGCUGUUUUUUUUUUUAAUUGUUGUUGUUUGUUUUUAUUUUUUGGAUGGUAAUAUUCUAUUCUAUCCUUAUGACACUAUUGCAACCAAAUUGGCUUUACCAUCUUGGCUUUAGUAGGUAUAGAAGACAAUGGAUUACCAUCUUUAUUGCUGUAAUGUGUUAAGCAUUAUAUGCUAGUAGUAUUUAGUUUAAUUGUUUCAGGUGAAAAGUAUUCUUUGAGUUUCCAUUUUGAAUGUGUUUGGACUAAACAAACAAUAAACUACUGAUGUCUGCAGCAUUUUA